CUGAGACAUAAUAGAGAUACCUCCUUGGAUUGUAAGGAGCCUGUGCUGCUGCUGAGAUGUGCAUGAUGUCUUUUAAGAAGGAAACGCCUCUUGCCAAUGCUGCUUUCUGGGCUGCUCGAAAAGGAAACCUGGCACUUCUCCAGCUGUUGUUAAACAGCGGGCGAGUCGAUGUGGACUGCAGAGACAGUACUGGAACUACAGCAUUAAUGGUGGCAGCCUACGGAGGACAUACAGAGUGUGUGCGGGAGCUGGUAUUACAUGGAGCUGACAUAAAUCUACAGAGAGAGAGUGGUGCUACUGCCCUGUUUUUUGCUGCUCAACAAGGUCACGAUGAUAUAGUGAAAUUCCUUUUUGAAUUUGGAGCAUCUACAGAAUUUUUUACAAGAGAUGGAGGAACGGCAUUGCUGGCUGCCUGCCAACAUGGACACACCAAAGUGGUUGAGACCCUUCUGAAGAAUGGAUCCAAUAUUCAUGACCAGCUUUGUGACGGGGCAACUUCACUGUUCCUGGCUGCACAGGGAGGGUAUGUGGAUGUCAUUCGAUUAUUGCUUACAUAUGGGGCAAAGGCGAACCAGCCACGCCAGGAUGGAACCACUGCUCUCUGGAUAGCAGCACAGCUGGGGUUCAGUGACGUGGUCAGGGUGCUUCUUCUAAGAGGAGCUGACCGAGAUGUUUCACGUAUUGAUGGCACCUCUGCUUUGUUUAAAGCUGCCGCUAAGGGUUUCAGUGAUGUUAUAGAAGAAUUGCUGAAGUUUUCUCCCAUACUUGGUGUUCUGAAGAAUGGGUCCACAGCUCUUCAUGCUGCAGUACUCGGUGGGAACAUCAAGUCAGUGGCCCUUCUCCUAGAAGCAGGAGCCAGUCCUGCAAUUAGAAAUAAGGCCAAUGAAUUACCAGCAGACCUCACAAAAAAUGAACGUAUAAUACGUCUCUUGAAGACAUCAGAAACAAAGUGCAUUCGACCUUGAUUUGUCACUUAUUUAGAUUUAUUUAAUCUCAGAAGUGUUUUGCCCUGUUAUAUUGCUGCAAGUCUAAUU